ACGUUGCAUAUUUUCUGAGAGACUUUUGGUCCUGCGAUAAUGUCACCUCACCUGUAACCUGUGAAUCUAAUAUCUGAAAGUAGUACUGUACAGCAGUACAGGUUACAUGUGGCAGAUGUAGGGGUGGUGAUGUUGGCAUGGCAACCUUUCGUGACAGCAGAAGCUUUUUCGUGAUUAGGCCAUGGAGAAUGAGAUUGAUAACUGUUCUCUAUGAUUAGACUUUGAUGCUGUUUUCUGUUUUUGUUUGUUGAGUUUUUUAGAUAUGGACAGUAAACAUACUAGCUUUUCAUUUUCUUUUUCAUGCAACUAAACAUUGCCCUCUUAUUUCAUAAAAACCAUCAAUCAUUAACAGAUUUUCACAAAGAAAAUACAACCACUUUUCAGAUGGCAGAGGAUCCAAAAAAAUUGCUUUUCCGAUUACAGCAUAUCAUUCCACAAAAACUGUCUCCAGCUGUAAAUGUUUAUCCCACAGAAGCAACAACAUCAUCUUUACAUGACUUUCCGAUGGAUAUUGAAUUCCAAAUGACAUGGGGAAAAGUAGCUGCUAAAACUUGGGGGCCACCUGAUGGAAGACCAGUAUUUGCCUUGCAUGGAUGGUUGGAUAAUGCUGGUACCUUCGAUACUUUGAUACCUUUACUGCCAAAAAGUUUACGGAUAGUUGCUGUUGACACAGCCGGCCAUGGACUAAGUGACCACUAUCCUCCUGAUAUUGCCUACAACUUUUUUGACUGCCUUGUUGCAAUUGAGAGACUAGCUGGCCUCCUCAAAUGGAAAAAAUUUUCACUAAUAGGGCACUCAAUGGGGGCUGCUAUGUCUAUGCUCUAUGCUGGAGUUUUUCCAGAAAAAGUAGAUACUCUUGUCUGUCUUGAUUUAGCUAGAGCAGAGGUGACCAGACCAGAAACGGUUGGUUUAAGAUUAAGAAAAACAGUCGGAAAAUUGCUUAAAUACGAAGCUGCCAUUGUCGCAGGCCCAGAAAAACCUUUCACUUACGAAGUUGCUAUUGAAAAAAGCAUAAGUGGAUCAUUCGGAUCGCUCAACAGAAACGCGUGUGAGCUGCUAUUCAAGCGCGGUCUUAAACAAGUUGAUGGGGGCUACGUAUUUCGGAGAGACAGACGAUUGAUGGCUGCUCCGUUAACGUUAACGCCUAAAGAAGAUCAAUUGGCUAUGGCAAGGGAAGUUACGGCCAAUGUUUUGAUUAUCAAGUUUGCACAGGGACCAGAUUUUGAAAGCCGCGAUAAUUUCAUGGAACACGUUGAAAAUCUCAAAACUAAAGCCAAAAACGUUUUUUUUGUGGAAGUAGACGGGACGCACCAUGUUCAUCUAACCAAUCCAAAUCGUGUUGCAUCCAUUAUUUCCGAUUUUUUAAAUGCACCCAGUAGUAAUCCACAUACUUCUGUGCAAUCGUAAAUUACUGUUUCCGUUGACCGGAAGUUAUUUAACAUUAAAAACGAUAAUCAGCAGCAUGGAAGUAGAUCCCACAAGAAGAAAAAAAAAAUAAUAAUUAAAAGAAGAUAAACAAAACACCUAGUAGUUAUAGCAAAAUCCACUUUAGUCCAGCCGUAAUAGGGAAGUUGAGAUCUCAACUUAACCUGGUAAAUAAAAAUCGAAACCCCAUAUCGAUUGAAAUAAAAAGGUGAAUUAUGAGUUUCAAA